AUGAAUUUUAAAAAUAAUGUUACAGUUCCUUUGUCGGAAUAUCUUUUUGCCAUAAAAAAAGAUUUAUCUUUGGAGAAUCGGAAUUUUCAAGAAAAUUUGGAAACUAUUCCAAUGUUGUUAGAUCUUCAUCCAUUAUCUUCAUAUGUCACACCAACAUUCUAUCGUCUAGUAGAUGCUUUUGUAAUUUCGGAUAACAAGAUAAAAUUAAGAAUCUUAAAUAUUUGUAAAAGUUGUAGGCAUCAUUUUGAUGCUAUAACUGAUUUUAAUUAUAUCUCUACAGUGUUAUAUCGACCUCUUUACAGUAACGAUGAUUAUGCCCGUGUUCUGAAUGCCAAUCUUUUAGCCCUAUUUUGUAAAUAUACAGCAAAGGAUGAUGUUAUCGUUGAAAUAGUCAAAGAAAAUAUUUAUUCACCAGAUCCCAUAAUAUCUCAAACAGCUUUUAGUGUAAUGGCAGAUUAUCCAUCACCCCGUGUUACUAUAACUUUUUUUAAACAAUUAAUAGAUGUUUGUUGUACAUUAUCAAUUAGUGUUGUCAAUAUAAACAAUGCAUUUGAAAAAUUUUUAAGUGAAAUUUAUUUACGAACAAAAUCUGAACUUGAUAUGUAUUUAUUAAAAUUUAUUGUUUGGAUUUCUGUUGGUUCAUAUAAAAAGAUGGAUACUGUUUUAUCAAAGGUACUUGAACACAUUGAAGUGUCUGAUGAUAACAUUAAAAGGAGAGCUUUAAUUGAGUUGAUACAAAAAUAUCUUGAAGGAAGUUUUUCAUGGCCAAAACAUAUUAUCUACCAAUAUAUUGAAGUUAUUGAAACAUUGAUGAGUGAAGGAGAGCAAAAUUAUAAGUUAGUUUUUAUAAUGAUAAAAUAUUUGACAAAAUUAAAAACUAGUAAUGUUUCUGGAGUCAAAAUUAUAUUUGAAUUUUUGGAUAAAUAUAUUACGUUAGAUGUUCAAACUAUUAAAACUGAUAUUGCUUAUGUCUAUUAUAAUAUAUUUACCCAAUAUAGUUUUAAUGAUUAUUGUGAAUUAGUUAAUCCAGAAAAAUUAAUAUUUUUGUUGAAUGAUACUAAUGUUGAGUCAGAAGUUGCUUUCAAAGCCUUGAGAUCUUAUGUUAUUGGUAAUACAAAUGUUGGAUUAAGACAUGAAUUAUUUCAAUUAUGUAUUAAUGCUGCAGAAGAAGCAAAAUCUGAUGAUAAAAUAAAUUUAGCUUUUUCUGUAAUGAAAAUUCUUUUGUAUUUUGAACCAACAUUAACACAAUAUGUUGUUCCAUUUGCCAUGCGAAUGAUUAAUUUAGGAAGAGGUUUACAUUUAAAAAGUUUUUAUCAGGUAAUAUAUUGUGUUGGAUUAAAUGAGACAGUUCCUUGUGAAGCAUGGUUAUUAAGAAUGGAUACUGUUGAACCAAGUUUGUUGUAUGAAAUAGCAAUUUUUUCUUUUAUUAAUGGUCAUUGGAGUGUUUCAUCAUAUUUAGUAAAUAUUAUUCAGAAAUUAAUCGAUGGUCUUACGCAAAAAAGUAUUAUCAUUUUAAAUAUUAUUAAAUUAAUAUCAAAUUCCGCUAUAAAUAAUUUAAUGUAUAAUGAGAUAGAAAAUAGUAUUGAUAACCAAGAAUUGGCUGUUGGAACAUUUGAAGAGAUACUUGGAAAAAAUGAUAAGUCUCGAAAUGUGACGAUGAUAAUUGAAUUUUUAAAAGUUCGGGCACGUGUUUUUAAGAUGAUCAUGUCAACGGUUGCGUAUUUUGACGAGUCACAUGUUGAAAUCAUACAAGAUCAUAAUGAUAUGAUUAAGUAUCAAAAGUAUCUUCAUGAAGAAUUACAAUAUGAUAUUAUAGAAUUAGAUGAUUAUUUAAAAACAACAGAUACAUUAAUCAGUCAAACAAUUGAUGCGGAUUAUGAAACAAGAUUACAACUUAAAUUUUUAAAUGAACAAAUUAUGUUUUUAAAAAGCUUAUUACUUCUUUUAAUUGGAGAUAACGUUGUAGAGUACGUUGAUGUUAUUAAAGAACGAGAAAAAGAUUACACAGAAGUUUUAUUGAAUAAUGGAUCUGUAACUGGUUUUAGUGUUUAUGAUAUUGAAUCACUAGAUACUUAUGGAUUUGAAAAAAUUGACGAUAAAAUGGAUACUAGUACUAUAAAUAAUGAUGAUAAGGAUACAUUUUUAAGUAGUCAUAAUGAAACAAACAAUUCUUAUAAACCUACUCUUUGGGGUAAAAAUUUAUUUUAUGAAGACAAAGAUGUUGUCAUGAAAAAUAGUGAUGUUUCAAAUACAGAAAAUGGAAAUUCAAAUGUUGUAGAAAAAGAUUUAUUAAUAUUAGAUGACAAAUCUAACAAAUUAUUUGAUUAUGCUGAUAUUGGUUUAACUAAAAAUGAUAUAAAAUAUAUUCAGUCACGUCUUAAACAAGCUGGUGCUAUAAAAUAUCAAAAUUCUUUACCAGAACAUACAAAUACAAAAGUAAGACUUCAUUCAUCAGUACUAUUUAUUAGAUAUCUUGGUAAAGAAAAUUGGGAUAAAUGUUUAAAGCUAGCCUCAAUAAUAGAAAAAAGUUCUCCAAAAAAUUUAAAAGAAUUUUUACAAUAUAGAGAUUCAAUUUAUGAAUGUAUAUCAUGUGCAUUUACAGAUUAUAAAGUAAUGAUACCAUUUAUCUUUUAUAAAAGAUCAAAUACAGUUGUUCAAUUGGAUAUAUGUCCAAAAGAAGAAAUAGAUGUAGGAAUUUACCUUCCUGAAGGUGGAAUAUCAAUAAAUAUUGAAGCAAUAAUUAAUUUCACAACUAUACAUUAUAAAUUUAGUAAAAUAGAACUUGAGCUGUCACAUUAUGAAGAUGAUAUAUUUAAAAAAUCAAUUAUAAAAGAAGGAAGUAAAAGUAGCGAUAGCUAUUUCAAGGAAACAUUCUUUUUAAAUAUUGAAAAAAAUGGUUGCUUGAAAAUGAUACUAUCUGCUGUUGAAGCUCGCUCAGAGCGCUGUUAUCAAUUGGCAGAAAGAUGCAUAUAUUACAAAACUACUAAAGAAUAA